UUUGUGGGCGACAGUAAAAUGUACCGACGGAAUAUAUCGAUCUACGCAUUCGUAUCUGAAUCAUAACCUCGCACGGUCGCGUAUCCUUCCGUUACGUGGUGAUGUUGCUUCGCCGUCAACAAAGUAUUGCUUCGAUAAUUAGUGCGCGAACGUGUUUAAUCUCUCGCUCGCGAGUGUUAUUGUGUUAAUUGUGCAUUUUGACUGGAUCUGAGAGGAGGCCGAGGCUCGGGAUGAGCAUCGGGCAACGGCGGAACAACCCUGUGGUCAACGUGCCGUUUCGACUCCGCUGCUGCGCGUCGUGUCGAUUCAUCAGCAAAUUCGGAGAUCGAACAAUUGUUAUCCGGUGACGAACGUGACAAUACGCCAAACACACGUGUGAGACUACAGCCGGACGAGCGGUUGUCCAUGAAUCUUCAAGGUGGCGUUUCGUCAUCAAGAUCAUUACAUCAGGAGAAUUUCGCGGCGUUAAAUAAUGAAGACAUAGGUGAAAGCUCAAGUGGUUCAACGGCCGUGAUAACGUCCUCGGUUAUUGCAAACAAUGAUAAUAGUGAUGAUCCGCCACCUUAUACCGCGAUCCCGCCGCCUUACAGCGCAAUUACGCCACGAGAUCACAUCGGUUGGCCGUAUGAACUUUUUUCGUUUGGAGAUUUGUAUUCCACGGACGGUACGACUCGUAGGAUGGAAAUACCGUUCACAUCUUUCCAAGCUUGUUUGACACCGGCCACGGGUUUUCAUCCCGAAGGGAUUAACAGUCAAUAUCCGAUACCCUUAACGCCUUACCGGUUCUUCAAGAAUGGUGGGAACUCUUUCGUAUCGAGGGAAUCAAUAGAUGACGAGAUCGCGGAGAAAAGCGACGAUACAAGAUCACGAAGAUACGGCGCUAUGCUUGCAGCAGUGGCGGUUAUCAUUUUCCUCAUGGUUUUAUCUUUGAUGGUUCGCUUUGUCAUGGAAAAGAGUUGGUGGCGAAGAUAGCUCAUCGUUGGAAUUGAUCGUUACUGCAUACAUACAGAAACGUUCAGUGAUAAAUUCUAAAUUACGAGAGAUUAUUAACGAAUUUGUAAUUAGAUUUUAUUAAUCUAGCAUAAUUUAUUUUAGCAGGAUACAUUCUGAGCUCGUACUAUUUAUCUCGAAGAAAUUUUUUUAUCUCUUUUUCUAUACUUUUCUCAACUAAGUCUAUUAUUAAAUUAAAUGCAGAUUUAUUGUUGCAUUAUAUUGAUUAAUAAUUAAUUAUCUGUUUUCAGUUUUACAUGUUUAGAUUUUCUACGAUUGUUUUAUUCUUGGAAUAAGAUAAUUUAACUAAAGUUAAUUGCGCGUAUAAAUUGGAUGUCCCUCAUUAAUUUUAUGUGAUGUAUUUUUUUUCUGUACAUAAGUUAAUAUUAGUUUUAGUAAGUAUUUAGGUAUUGCGUAACUAGUGAUAUAUGUUUUUAUAUAACUGAUAUUACGAAAGACACAACAAAGGUUAUUAUAAUUGAUUCAGUUUUGUGCAAAGAUUAAUCUAAAAUUAGUUAAACUUUUUGUUUCUCAUGCGAUAUCAUAAUUUAUUAAGAAAUAAAAUAUGCCAAUAUAUUGUUAUACGAACUAAACUAAAAUAUUUUUGACGUAUGUCAUUUAUAUUGUAAUUAUUUAACGCAUAUUAUGAUUAAACAAAAAAAUACAUUUUGAUAUUUAUGACUAUGCACGAGGAACGUGUACUUUUUUAGGUUGAAGUACUCAGAAAUACUUAGAAGCAACUUAGUAGAUGCAUUAUCUACGUUAAACUGAGGCACGAGUUUUAUAAUUAAUAAUGUGAAAUAUUUUUGUAUAUCGUGACUUAUGUUAUAUUAUUAAAUAUGUCAUAUUAUACAUAUAUUAUUAUUAAUUUAUCAAUUUAUAUAAUUUAUAAAUCUCUAACUAAUUGAAAUGACGUCGGCGACGUUGUA